AAACGAGUGGAAGUGUGGAACGAGGAGAUGAUAAGGGGCUCAAGCUUGAGUGGACGCCAACCACUGAAAUAUCUUAAUGUGCCAACAAAAGCAAACUUCCCAUUCAUGAAUCUGAUUUCCCAUUCCUUCCCUCUCUCCCUUCCCAUAAAACCAUAUAACGCUCUUUUCCCAAUUCCCUCUCUCAAACUUGCAAAACCUUUACAAUCCACACCACCGUUAUCUACCAUGGACUCAAACUCUACAGACACUGAAGUAGCCUACGACCUCUCCCCUGUCCUUAAAGUCUACAAAAACGGUAGCAUAGAAAGGCUAGCUGGCGUCGAGGUUGUUCCUCCGUGUCUUGAUCCAACAACCAAUGUUGAGUCUAAAGACGUUGUAAUCUCCGAAAAAGAUGGCAUAUCUGCGAGGCUUUUCAUUCCCAAAACCACUUAUCCCCCUACCCGAAAGCUCCCUAUUCUUUUUUAUAUACACGGUGGUGCCUUCUGCAUCGAAACCCCGUUUUCUCCGAACUAUCACAACCUCCUUAACAAGGUUGUUUCACAAGCUAAUGUAAUUGGUGUCUCUGUUCACUACAGGAGGGCACCGGAACACCCGGUUCCCAUUGCCCAUGAAGAUUCAUGGGUUGCACUGAAAUGGGUCGCUUCGCACGUGGGUGGAAAUGGCCCUGAUGAAUGGCUCAACAACUAUGCUGAUCUCGAAAAAGUGUUCUUUGCCGGUGACAGUGCUGGUGCCAACAUUGCACACUAUUUGGGUAUUCGGGUUGGGACUGAAGGAUUGCCUGGUGUGAAGAUUGAAGGGAUUGCCUUGGUGCAUCCCUAUUUUUGGGGUGCGGAACCAAUUGGGUGUGAGUUGAAUAGGGCUGAACUAGGGGCGAAGAUACAUGAAUUGUGGCGUUUUGCGUGCCCAUCCACGACUGGAUCCGACGACCCGAUAAUCAACCCGGGAAAGGAUCCGAAACUGGGGAGCCUCGCUUGUGGGAAAGUGCUUGUUUGUGUUGCUGAGAAGGAUUUGGUGAAGGACAGGGGUUGGUACUACAAGGAGUUACUUGAGAAGAGUGGGUGGUGUGGAGUUGUGGAGGUGGAGGAGAUGAAGGAUGAGGACCACGUGUUUCAUAUGUUCAAACCAGACUGUGACAAUGCUCGGGUUUUGCUCAGCCAAGUUAUUUCCUUUAUCAAACAGGAUUGAACAUUAUUAUGUUUCCUUCUCAAAUAAAAGCUAUUUUUUACAAGCUUUCUUGUCUAUAGCGUUUACUGUUUACCCAUCCAGAUGUUGGGUGUGUGUGUGUCUGUGUCAGAAGUAUUGAUUCUUAUUCGGUGUUACUUUAUAUUUGGUUACAAAUUAGAAAGUAAGUAAACUGAUCGCAGAAGUUACAAUUAGUGAUGCGUAAAAGAACCUGAAUUUAUGUGCAUUCUAAUGAAGAAAAAUAUGUUAUUGCUUGGCAAGAUUUUAUUUUAUUUUCAAUCAGGACAGUUGAUUCAUUCGGGUAUGGUGACAAAGAUUAAUGAAGUCAUGGAACAUGAAAGCAAAGAUAGAAAUAAGCACAAAGAAAAGCUGAAUGCUUUUGGAGUGGGCACGUGUGGUGUGGCACGUUUCAGUCUGAACUUGUGGGCAUUUUGCUAGAACAGGGGAAUGCAACAAAUGAGAUUCUAGUGCUUUUUAGUUUUGGUCCACAUGAUUUUAGAUACUUUUUGUGGUCCAACAGGAUUGUAGAUACUUGUAUAAUCAUAUGGCUCACCUCACUGGAAAAUUAGGGCCGCUUCCACUGUUCCAAAAAUAAAGGGCCCAUAUCAGUGUCCUCUUGUAUACGCGGGUCUUCCAUUAUUGUUCUCAUUUGAAUUCAAUGUCAUGAUUAGUCUUUUCAUCGAACAAAGGGAACAGUAGUCUCUAUUUGAGAAUGCUUCAACGUUAAUUUUCACGGAUUUGUCCUUAUUUUUCUCCCCAGUUGAAAAUCUUCUCACUAACCUUGCGUGUUGUGUUUGUUCAAGGAAGAGGAAAAAAGAUUCCAAAAUUUUUAAUUCUUUUAAUUUGGUUUAUUUAUGACUUU